CUGUUUAUGAUAUACGAAUUUGUUGUUAUUAGCUGAGGAUGGCGAUUUUUUUGCUCUUAAUUUCUGAUUCUGCUAGUAAAUUAUGCUUUUUUUUCCCCUCCAUUGGAUUGUGAGUGGAACUUUUCCUAAAUGGUAUAACGGAGAUGCGAGGGAUAGCGACUAGAUCACUUUAUUCUUUGAGCCGAUCGUUGUUAUCGCACCUCCGUCACGGGAUUGCAGUCGACCCAGCCGCGUACGUAGCCGGUGGAUGCUGCCGAGAAACUCCUCUGCUUGGUUCGCUUUGGUCUACUGUUCAACGCCGCGGCGUUAAAGUUAACGCGAUUCAGCUAAGGCCAGGGAAUGUUAUUGAACGAACAGGACGUACUUUCCGGGUUGUAGAAGCAGAGCAUAAACAACAAGGCAGAGGAGGAGCCUCCAUGCAGGUGGAGCUUCGCGAUGUUGACAAUGGAAAUAAACUUAACUUGCGAUUUGGAACUGAGGAGUCUGUUGAAAAGGUUUUUGUUCAGGAGAAAUCUUUCACAUGUUUAUAUACAGAGGGAGAUACGGCAUAUCUGAUUGAGCCCGAUACGUUUGAGCAAGUUGAAGUGCCAUUGGACAUAUUUGGCAAAGCUGCUGUAUAUUUAAAAGAGGAAAUGAAAGUUCAGUUGCAGCUGUAUGAUGGAAGAGCAUUAUCUGCAUCUCUCCCUAAGCAUGUCACAUGCACAAUUGAAGAAACACAGCUUCCCAUGAAAGGCUUAACAUCAGCUCCUCGGUACAAGAGAGCUCUCCUAGAUAAUGGUUCCACUAUUCAGGUACCAUCUUAUCUCGAGGCAGGUGAAAAGAUUGUGAUAAACACUGAGGAUGAUUCUUUUGUCAAGAGGGACAACAAAUGAAACAAUUGCGUAGUCAGAUCAGAUGGGUUUCCUAUGGAGGAAGAUAAAUUUGGAUUAUGUUGAGAAGCGUUUAAUAGAAAGAUUAGGACAUUAUUAUUGUUGUUCCAGUUCUCAUGAUCUCGGAACACCUACGUUGAUCAACAAGUUCUCUAUGGAGGAUUUAUAGAGUGAGGCAAUAAUUACAGAUUCAUAAAGGUUUAAAUUGUUUCUUGGAGAACAUGAGUGGUGUGUUUCAGUAAAAUCGAUUAAACACUA